AUGAACGCAAAAUUUUAUGCACUUAUGCUUGCUGCGCUGCUGCACUGCGCGCUUGCGCGAGUGUCGUUUGGCGAGAUCAUAGAGAUGCAAAGCACUGAAAUAGGAGAAAGUACCGAAUUUAUAAAUCCGAGGGGGCCGCUCUGCCUGCUGCGCGGGUUCCUCUACUCCGAGCAGGGCUACAUGCACAACAAGCGCUUCUUUUCGCCUGAAAUAGAAACUGACUACAAAGUGAAGCCUGUUGGGGAUAUUGAAACCACAGAAGAGCACAAAUACACAAGAAACGCACAGAAUGACAAGCCCUAUCCGCCUGCAGAGGGGCCCGCUCUUAGCGCCGGUAUUGCUGCCACAGACUACGCUGUGGAGUACCACCGCACCCUCAUCGAGAUGUUUCCGUCUGUCGACGGGCACACUCUGUCGGUCGCUGUCGCCCGAGAUGACUCCUUCUUCCAGUUUCUGAAAAGAAUGCCCAGCAACCACGCGCACUACAUGCUGGCUGCGCUGGUCCUGCUGAGCGAGGGCGUGGACGUGCCCAUCGAGGCAACAGAGAAGGAAGUAAAACUAGAAAUAGGCAGCAUAAAAGUUGAGGAAAAUAUAUGCGAAAAGGCUGCACAGGUUAUAAACUUCUUCAAAGAGAACAUGCAAAAAGAAAAACUGCCGGACACGCCAGAGGCCUUCAGCACUGGGGACUUUCUAAACACGCCGCAGUUCCUCAUCCAGGCGUACGUCUUUGAGUACAUCACGAGCAAGGACGACGCCCUGGACUUCGCAGCGUGCGUGCACGCCAUCCUCACAAGCCUGCCGAAAAAAGACUAUAAAGACGUAUACAGCGCGUGUUUUGUGGAGAGCAAGGCCGAGGAAGACGAACUUCUGCACCAGCUUAGGAUGAUUCAGAAAGCCAUGAAGAAUCUGGACUCGUUCCCGUUCACCAGCCCAAGCAUGCUGCCGGCGUACACAAGCGUGCAUGCCUGCAAGAGAGGCCAAACAGAGCUUUUGGAGGAAACCUUCAGCAACUACGUGGAGGCCGGCCUGCUUGCGCUCUUCUGCUGCCUUGCACACGACCCAGCACAGAAAAAGUACAACGCAGACGCCAUGCUCGGCGAGGCAAAGGAGAAUGAGGAAACAGAGGCUCUGCGUACAUUCUUUCAGUUGGAAAGUGUCAGCCCAAAGACGUGCACCACCAAAGAGACGAUGCAGGAGUGGAACCGCGUCGUGUCAGGCCUGCAGAGCGAGCACAUCGCGUACGCAAGAGAAAACAGAAACCAGGUGCGCUCCGGAAUCUUCAACAUGCUCUACGUUGUGGCAGAGGUGACGGGCAGGCGGAAGGAGGAGGAGCCAAGAAUACGCAAGCUUGAGCUGAUGCUAGAAGGCUGCAAAAUUGACGAGGCCUAUGAAGAUGUGUUUAAAAAAAUACAGAUGUAUGUGAAAGAGAUUUUUGCGUCUCUCUCCGUGGAUAAGAGCUUGAGAGUUAAGUUUUCUGAUUUUAAAGUGUGCGAGCAGGGCAAUGGGCAGAAGGACAUGUGCGGAAACAUCACCCUAAAGUACACAGACGAAAACGAGGUGCUUCAGCAAGGCAUAUGCCUUGCCUUUUCGCCUGGGGACCUAGUGGUUAUCCUUUGCCCGCUCGCCGUUGUUUCCUUUGAAUUGGAAGACAUUGAGGCCUUCUUUUCAGUGGAUGGCUACCCAAAGCCCAGCACCUUUGCCGAGUGCUUAUUUUCCAGAUACAAAGACAUGUGGAGGUCCAAGGCAACGGCGCCCUACACAUCUAAAGUUAUUCGAAAGAUUUGGGAUGCCACAAAGCGCCUGGCUGUGAGUAAAAUCCCGAAACAGCCAAACCAGCUUUUUGUACUGGGCAUGGCCUUGGGAUAUAGGUAUGCACGUGAAAUCGUUGAGCAGUUCACCUGUUGUGCAGGGAUUGCCAAACUUAUUCCGGAUUCUUCUCACACGGGCGCGCGCCUCAUCUUGAAUCUGAUCGGCAGUUUUCCGCUGGACGACUACAAAACACAGGAAUCUCUACUGAAACCCCUGGUCUUUUUGGCAGAUACAGUUUUUCUACGGUCAAAAAUCAUACUGACAGCUAAAAGAUUUUCUGAAUUCUAUAGAGACACACGCAUGAUCGCCAGAUUAGGAAGAUACGCUGAUAGAAACCGCCAGGAGGCGGUGGGUGCCAUGAUGCAGUAUUUUAAAUUAUAUAAGAUAGGCGCACGCCAGCCUUUGUUCCUGUGUAGUGCACUAGGCAGCUUUUGGGGCGUUUCUGACGUAUUUGGCCCUUUGCUUUCAAACUUGACAGCGCAACAUAUAGAAAAGCUUGACGAGCUUUUUCUAGACGUGGAGCCGGAUGACAUGGAGAGGGCGCUGGAUGCCAAGGCGCUCUUCGACCUCUUUCUGUUUUUACACUGCUUGGAAGAUUCGAGCAGUCUGGAUGGGCUAGUCCGUAUCCUGUUUCGAAAAAUUUCCCAAAGAUCGUUCAAAGUGUAUGAGGAAAACAAAUGCAUAAUUUAUGGAAGCAAGAAGAUGAUCCACGCAAUGCUCGCGGCUAUGGAGAAACACCAGAGCAUUUUGUUCUGGGAGAUCAAUGACAAUGAAAACUUUGAAAAACUUCUGUGCUUGCUUCAUUCUUCCAUGACAUCUGACAAGGAUUAA